GCAUUUGCAUUUGUGAAAUCAUUUUUUUAAUCUAAUAUUUUUCCCUCUCAAAACCCCUUCCAUCAGUCGGCAGACACAACUCAUCCUCUCUCUCUAUCUGUACCGCACUUUAAAUUUUCCUACCCUCUCCCCAUCUCCCUACACUUUACUCCCUCUCCUCCCCUCCAUCUUUCCCACCGAUCAGAAUCAUGCCGCGAAGCUUCGCGCUUUGCAUUGCCGUCGGAGCUGCUCUCCUCGCCAUCGCCGGCGCCGAAGAUCCGUACAGGUUCUUCAACUGGAAUGUUACGUACGGCGAUAUUUAUCCUCUCGGAGUCCGUCAACAGGGGAUUUUGAUCAAUGGACAGUUUCCUGGACCUGAUAUUCACUCUGUUACAAAUGACAAUCUCAUUAUCAAUGUCUUCAACAGCUUAACUGAGCCUUUUCUUGUCUCAUGGAAUGGAGUUCAACAAAGAAGGAAUUCUUAUGAAGAUGGGGUAUUUGGCACCACGUGUCCAAUUCCACCGGGUAAAAACUUCACAUAUAUCCUUCAAGUGAAGGAUCAAAUUGGAAGUUUUUACUAUUUUCCUUCUUUAGCAUUUCACAAAGCUGCCGGCGGUUUUGGAGGUAUCCGGAUUUUAAGCCGGCCUAGAAUUCCGGUUCCUUUUGAUGAACCGGCCGGAGAUUAUACAGUUCUUAUCGGAGAUUGGUACAAAGCUAACCACACUACCUUGAAAACAGUUCUAGACGGAGGUCACAAGAUACCAUUCCCCGAUGGCAUUCUCAUCAACGGACGUGGCCCAGGUGGCGCCUCUUUCGCUGUCGAACAAGGAAAAACAUACAGAUUACGAAUCUCAAAUGUGGGACUACAAAACUCCCUCAACUUCCGAAUCCAAAACCACAAAAUGAAAUUAGUAGAAGUAGAAGGAACACACACAGUCCAACAAACCUACUCUUCCCUAGACGUCCACUGUGGUCAAUCCUAUUCCGUACUCAUCACUGCAGAUCAACCCGGUCAAGACUACUACAUUGUCGUCUCCUCCCGCUUCACCACCCCAAUUCUUACAACCACGGGCGUCCUCCACUACGCCAACUCCGCCGGACAACCCUCCGGCCCAAUCCCUGGCGGGCCCACAAUCCAAGUCGACUGGUCCUUAAACCAAGCCCGAUCCAUCAGAACCAAUCUCACCGCUAGCGGACCCCGCCCCAACCCACAAGGCUCAUACCACUACGGUAUGAUAAACACCAGCCGCACCAUUGUUCUUCAAAGCUCCGCCGGACAAGUUGGUGGAAAACAAAGAUAUGGAAUCAACAGUGUCUCGUUUAAACCAUCUGAUGACACUCCGCUUAAACUCGCGGAUUAUUUCAACAUCGGAGGUGUUUUCCGUGUCGGAAGCAUCUCUGAUAGACCCACUGGCGGCGGACUUUAUACAGACACGUCGGUUAUGGGAGCUGAUUACAGAGCUUUUGUUGAGAUUGUAUUUGAAAACCCUUCCGAUAUCGUUCUCAGUUAUCACAUCGAUGGCUAUCAGUUCUUCGUUGUCGGAAUGGAUGGAGGAGAAUGGACACAAGCAAGCAGGGCGGGUUACAACUUGCGAGACGGUGUUGCACGGAGUACGAUCCAGGUGUACCCAAAAUCAUGGUCGGCGCUUUAUGUUGGACUUGACAACGUGGGAAUGUGGAAUGUGAGGACGGAAUUUUGGGCAAGACAAUACCUCGGAGAACAGUUUUACUUACGUGUGUACACAAAUUCAGGGUCGAUUAGAGAUGAAUUUCCGAUUCCAAAGAAUGCGCGGGUGUGUGGGAAGGCCACGGGUCGCCAUACACGGCCUCUUUGAGAAGGUAUGAGGAUUUGAGUUUAGAGAUGUGUUUUUUUUCCUUAUUCUAGAAUUAAAUUUAUUUUGGGUUGUGUUUAUUUAAUUCUUUCUUGUGGUGCUAUGUUAGCACUACUUGAAAAAUUAGUUUAUCGGCUUCUUCUGUAUUAGUAUAACUGUUUAUGACCUUAACUCAAGGUCGCAAUUCUUUUUUGUUUUUUUUAUAUGAGUGUGUUGAAAGAAAGAAUUCUAUAUUAUUGUAAUAAGAGAAAUGGUUGCAAGAAAA